AUGAGUUGGGAGAUACAGUUUCGCAAGACAGAAGCUCAGCUCGACAUAAAACUCGCUUCUUUUCUCAACCCACAGAGUUUCGCGAACGUAGACCAUCUCGAGAACGACAUAAAUCGACUGCUAGACGAACUAACCGAAAUAAUCGACGGAGCAGAGCAAAAAAUAUCAUCCUCGCCUUCAUUCGCGCUGCAGCACAAAGUUUCACGCCACAGAGACGUCUUAUCCGACUACUACUCGCAAUUCAAGAGGGCAAAGGAGAAAUCAAGAGCAUCGAAGAAUAGGGUUGAUUUACUCGGAUCAGUCAGAAAUGAUAUCGAAGCCUAUCGCAACAAGUCGUUUUCGAACGAACAAGUUUUGAAUAAAGAAAAUGAUAAAUUGAAAAGCAGCCACAAUUUAGCCGAUCAGGCAAUCAAGAUCGCUAUGGACACGCAAGAGUCGCUCCGUUUCCAGCGCAGUUUGUACAAGGGCAUCAACAAACGUUUCCUCGAGCUGGGCCAAAAGUUCCCGAUGCUGAACAGUCUCAUAGGGCGAAUUCAAAUCCGCAAGAGACGCGACUCCUUGAUCAUGGGCGUCGUCAUAGGCUUUUACACCGUCAUUGAUGUCGCGAUAAGCUCGAAAAAGACACACAGGUCGCGGGGCUGCUUGCGUCGCACUCGCAGGAUUGUGAACGCUCAAACUCCAGAGGAAGGGCGCAGGCUCUUCUUCUGCUCAAAAUGGGUCAUUUGCGGGGUGAUACUCGCCUCCCUGCUCGUCAUUAACCUCUUCAACGUGCCAACCGCUUCAAAGAACUCGCAAACACUUCACUUUUUUCUUCACUGCAUCUUUCUCUUUCAAAUUUAUUCACACUGGAAACAAGUUCGAAGACUUCAACCUCUUUUCAAUGACGGCGUCUGGUUCGACAACCCGCCGCGAGGUUGGGACUUCUGCAGCAUUUGUCACACGCAUCGGCCGCCACGCAGCCACCACUGUCCCCUUUGUGACGCUUGCAUUCUCAAGCGCAAUCAUCAUUGUCACUUCACCGGGGUCUGCAUUGGCCUGGGAAAUCAGCGCAACUUCGUCUUCUUUUUAUUCUGGAUCAUAUUAGCCUGCUGCUAUGGGCUACUUCUAUGCGCCCCGCUUUUAUCCAAGCACUACAUGCCGCUAGAAUUGUCCUGGCGCGUGUUAUUUGGUUAUUUCUUGCCGCCCUUCUACAUUUUCAUGCCUCUCUUUGGCUAUUCAACUUGGUCUGGGAGCUUUGUGAUGGUCACUGUGGCGGCUCAGCUUGCUUCGCUUCUAUUUGCUUCAGCGCUUUUUCAACACCAACUUCGACUAAUUCUCAACAAUCAAACUGACUACGACCAUCGGAAGAAAAACUUUAGCUACUCGAAGGGCAGCGCGUUUAAUUUACGGCUCAUCUUCGGUCCUUAUCCAAUUCUAGCAUUUCUCAGUGUUUUCAUCCCUCGGCUCAAUGUGCGCUCGAGGGAGAGAGACUGUAUUUAUGGUCGACCGCAGUACACAAAAAUUAUGUAG